AUGUUCAUCGAGAGCUUCCGCGUGGAGAGUCCGAACGUGCGGUACGGCCCGUCGGAGAUCGAGUCGGAGUACCGGUACGACACGACGGAGCUGGUGCACGAGGGCAAGGACGGCGCCUCCCGAUGGGUCGUCCGCCCCAAGUCCGUCAAGUACAACUUCCGGACCAGCACCGCCGUCCCCAAGCUCGGGGUGAUGCUCGUGGGGUGGGGCGGCAACAACGGGUCCACGCUGACGGCUGGGGUCAUCGCCAACAGGGAGGGGAUCUCAUGGGCGACCAAGGACAAGGUGCAGCAAGCCAACUACUUCGGCUCCCUCACCCAGGCCUCCACCAUCAGGGUCGGCAGCUACAACGGGGAGGAGAUCUACGCCCCGUUCAAGAGCCUCCUGCCCAUGGUGAACCCUGAUGACAUUGUGUUCGGAGGCUGGGACAUCAGCAACAUGAACCUGGCUGAUUCCAUGACCAGGGCCAAGGUGCUGGACAUCGACCUGCAGAAGCAGCUCAGGCCUUACAUGGAGUCCAUGGUGCCACUUCCGGGCAUCUAUGAUCCGGACUUCAUUGCAGCUAACCAGGGUUCUCGCGCCAACAAUGUCAUCAAGGGCACCAAGAAAGAGCAGGUUGACCAGAUCAUCAAGGACAUCAGGGAGUUCAAGGAGAAGAACAAGGUGGACAAGAUAGUUGUGCUGUGGACUGCAAACACUGAAAGGUACAGCAAUGUCUGUGCUGGUCUCAACGACACCGUGGAGAACCUCCUGGCAUCUGUAGACAAGAACGAGGCAGAGAUCUCACCAUCGACGUUGUAUGCCAUUGCCUGUGUCAUGGAGGGUGUACCAUUCAUCAAUGGAAGCCCCCAGAACACCUUUGUGCCUGGCCUGAUUGACCUUGCUAUCAAAAACAACUGCUUGAUUGGUGGUGAUGAUUUCAAGAGUGGACAGACCAAGAUGAAGUCUGUUUUGGUUGAUUUCCUUGUUGGUGCUGGAAUAAAGCCCACCUCAAUUGUGAGCUACAACCACUUGGGAAACAACGAUGGCAUGAACCUGUCAGCCCCUCAAACAUUCCGCUCCAAGGAGAUCUCCAAGAGCAAUGUGGUGGAUGACAUGGUCUCGAGCAACGCUAUCCUUUAUGAGCCCGGCGAGCAUCCUGAUCACGUUGUCGUGAUCAAGUAUGUGCCCUACGUCGGGGACAGCAAGAGAGCCAUGGAUGAGUACACCUCUGAGAUCUUCAUGGGCGGCAAGAACACCAUCGUGCUGCACAACACCUGCGAGGACUCGCUCCUCGCUGCACCAAUCAUACUUGAUCUGGUGCUCCUGGCUGAGCUCAGCACCAGGAUCCAGCUGAAAGCUGAGGGAGAGGAGAAGUUCCACUCCUUCCACCCAGUGGCCACCAUCCUGAGCUACCUCACCAAGGCGCCCCUGGUUCCCCCCGGCACACCGGUGGUGAACGCUCUGGCGAAGCAGAGGGCGAUGCUGGAGAACAUCAUGAGGGCCUGCGUCGGGCUGGCCCCCGAGAACAACAUGAUCCUGGAGUACAAAUGA